AUGGAAAACCUGACUCGAUCCGACUCUGAGAAGCAGCCUUUGCGCUUAGCGGUUCCUCCAGUCCCCUCCAAAAAGACCGGAAUUUAUGAAAAUUGUCACGAACAGCCCAUUUACACGGACACCGUUGCAGCGCUCAGAGGGGCCAGUGAUCCUACCGCAUACCCCCUAUCGGAUUACCGAAGGCUGGUCCGGCAGAGAUUUAUACGCAGAAGUUUGUGGUUCUCUGAGUCAGAGGAUCAAGAACUCGAAGUUCUCGAGUGUGACAACACCGGCAGCAGUCCCAUUAAAAGCGCGCAUCCGCGGAGCGCACAGACAGCGGUCCAGAGGAGCUCAAACGCAGAGAGUCAGGUGGUACGAGGGGAUGGCGACGACGAGAACUUGGGAAAAGAGCGAGAGGCACGCGAGGCCGAGCAAAAACACGAUGCUGAGCCGUCUGAUAGCGAAAAGCGUGUGGGUAAAGCUGGGAGCGACGAGAACGAGGAAGAGGCCGAAAUGAAGGCGGUAUCCACCUCUCCAGGUGGACGCUUUCUCAAGUUUGAUAUAGAGCUUGGCAGAGGGUCCUUCAAAACGGUCUACAAGGGCCUGGACACUGAGACGUGGGUGGAGGUGGCAUGGUGUGAACUUCAGGAUCGUAAGCUGUCCAAAAUGGAAUGUCAGAGGUUUAAAGAGGAGGCAGAGAUGCUGAAAGGUCUCCAGCAUCCGAACAUUGUGCGUUUUUAUGACUUUUGGGAAUCUCCUCUUAAAGGGAAGAAGUGCAUUGUUUUAGUCACCGAACUGAUGACAUCUGGAACACUGAAAACGUAUCUGAAGCGUUUCAAAGUGAUGAAACCUAAAGUUUUGCAAAGCUGGUGCAGACAGAUCCUGAAAGGUCUCCACUUCCUCCAUACGAGGACCCCUCCUAUCAUCCACCGGGACCUGAAGUGUGACAAUAUCUUCAUUACUGGUCCUACAGGCUCGGUCAAGAUCGGAGAUCUCGGUCUGGCCACACUAAAGAGAACUUCCUUUGCCAAAAGCGUUAUAGGCACUCCAGAGUUUAUGGCCCCUGAGAUGUAUGAGGAACACUAUGAUGAAGCUGUGGAUGUGUAUGCAUUUGGCAUGUGUAUGCUGGAAAUGGCCACAUCUGAGUAUCCAUAUUCAGAAUGCCAGAAUGCAGCACAAAUCUAUCGCAAAGUCACCAGUGGAGUGAAACCAGCCAGUUUUGGUAAGGUGACUGUGCCUGAAAUAAAAGAAAUCAUUGGAGAGUGUAUCUGUCAUCGCUGGGAGGAAAGGUACUCCAUUAAGGAUUUACUAAACCAUGCAUUCUUUGCGGAGGACACUGGUGUGAGGGUAGAGCUGGCUGAAGAAGAUGAUGGCAAGAAGGCAUCCAUAGCUCUGAGGCUUUGGGUAGAAGACCAGAAGAAACUAAAGGGGAAAUAUAAAGACAGCGGUGCCAUUGAGUUUACCUUUGACCUAGAUACAGAAGUCCCCGAAACAGUUGCCCAGGAAAUGGUGGAUGCUGGGUUCUUUGUAGAGGCUGAUGUGAAGAUUGUGGGUAAGUCUAUCCAUGAUCGUGUGGCUCUUUUAAAGUGGAGACGUCAACGCAUAGUCUCAGGCCUAAAUGGGAACACACACAAAAGCAGCACAAAGACUGAGAAGUCGAAUCUCCUUCAGGUGCCCUCCACAGGGCCCACAGUGGACAGAACACCUAGUCUUCUAUCCGAAACAGAGGAGGCACAGAGUGAAGCAGUCAGCCUGGUCUGCAGUGCCCCAACCUGUACAACUACAGCCACAUCUGACAGCAGUGCAGGCUCAUCAGUGAUAACAGGUACUUCGAGCAACCAAGACAGCACCUCUCAGCAGUCCCUUUCAGAGCCAAAUUCAACUGCCCAGAGGGUCUUAAGCCCUCCAGUACAGCUCCUAGCUCAGUUACCACAAGGUGCCCAACAGCAAUCAACUGCACACGUGCCUCUGGGGACUCAGCUACAACCUGUUCUACAAAUGCACCCACAACAAAGCUUGGGCCAGAUACUCCAGGACAUCCAGCAACAUCCCAGUCCUCAGCAGCCCCAGGGAAUCCAACAGCAUCCUAGUGCUCCUCUGCACAAGAUGGCACAGGCAUCAACCUCUGGUUUGGUACCUCAAACACACCAGCAUCAACCCACAGUCCAGCUUCACCAGCAAUAUCAGCAGCUACGUCAAGAAGCUUUUCAGAAAUCUGCUGGACACCUGCAUCAGAGCUCAUACCAGCAAUCACCUCCUUCUGCACCAUUGGUUCAUUCUAAGAUGGUCUCUGCUCCAGCUACUACUGUACCACAUGCUCUUCCAAACCCAGAGAGCCUUCCUGCCUCUGCCCUCACAUCACAGCAAAACCAGACUACUGUACCACUAUCACAGGAGUUUCACUUCUAUUUCCAUCUUGAAGCUUUGCCACCUCAGACUUUAUCAACUCUUCCACCUAUAGUGCAGUCAUCUUCAGAUGCUCAGUCUCUUCCACAGCAUAUAUUACAGUCAGCAUCUUUAAUGCUCAGCACCACUUCUCUUCCUCCACAACCACAGCUGAAUGUUCAGACUGCUCCCUUUCUUCAGCCUCUACAAAUUUCCACACAGUUUUCUUCGCCAUAUACUCUUUUGCCAGAAGGGGGUGUAUCUGCAAGGACAGAGCCAAUACCUUUCUCCUUAGUCUCUUACCCUUCUCCGUAUCCUACAAAUGCUCCUUCAGUAUCUUCUUCCUACUACUCACUAAGCCCAAUCAAUGCUCCUCAUACCACGGUACCCAUGCAGAAUGUACCAUGCAUAAUAGGAGCAGGCACACCGGUUUCUGCCCCUCUGAAUGUUCCUACUCCUAUUCCUCACCUGGCUAUGGACUUGUCCCCACUCAUAAUAACCCCCAAGCAACAUCAGCAGAUUUUCUCCCCUGUUCCAUCACCGGAAUUUGACCUUUUUCAACCCCAACCAACACAGCCCUCCGUGCCUCUCGCUAAACCAGUCUCCCUCCAUCUACAAGACCCAUCUAUUCCUGAACCCUUUGCAGAGGAGUACCCUCAUCAUCAGGAAUCUCAGGUCCUGGCUCCAGUUUACACCAUUGUGUCACAGGUCCAGUCUCCUCCACAGGAAAGCCAAUCAGAGCCAAAAUUUACAAGUGCCCAAGCCCAAUCCGAGAGCCUGGAGCCACCUCUGCAGCAUGCUGGCAUACAGACAGUAUGUGCUAUUCCUGAGAGCACAAGUAUGCCUGGUACAACUGAGCAAAUGCUGGACACUGCGUCAGUCCCCUUUUCCCCUGCACCAGAACCCAACCCAGUUCAACCAAGCACUGAGGUACCUGUGUCUAUUCCACUCCUUAGUUAUGUAUGUGACGGCUUAAACCAAGAUGCAGGAUCUGGGAAAGAGAUAAGUGACAGCUAUGAAGGAUCCACUGGUGGAGGAAAGGUUGACGGCAAACCCAGAAAGCACCACCGCAAAUCUACUCGCACGCGUUCACGGCAGGAAAAAAUUAACAAACCCAAACUGAGCAUGCUAAAUGUUUGUAAUACUGGUGACAAGAUGGUGGAAUGCCAGCUGGAAACACACAAUCAUAAAAUGGUGACCUUCAAAUUUGAUCUAGAUGGAGAUGCACCUGAAGAAAUAGCCACUUAUAUGGUGGAAAAUGGUUUCAUUCUGCCAAUAGAAAAGGAGAUCUUCAUUGAUCAGCUGAAAGACAUUGUCGACAAGGCAGAGGAUAUCCUGAGUGAGGAUAUGGAUGGAGAAAAGGCAUCAGAACUUAGGAAAAGUCAAGGACAAACUCCUGGAGAUUUAGGGGAAGAGGGAAUGAAAAGACAGCAACUUGGGGCUCCAGUUUAUCAACAAAAUGUUCUUCACACAGGUAAGAGGUGGUUCAUCAUCUGCCCUGUGGAUGAGGCCCCAGCUGCUGCCAGUCAGACGGCAUCGUCAGAUGGAGGCCCAACCACACAAUCUCUAUCCACAACACUAAUUGAUGGUACUGCCACUGCGCAGCCUGCUGAGAGUGUCUCAACCCAGCCACAAGAUCCCAGCACAGGAUCUGCUUCAAUGGAUUCAGAGGCCUGUGCUACAGCACCUCCAUCCGGAGGAAGUGAUCCCUAUGGGGUUUGGAGCCCCCUCUCUUUGACCACUACAGAUUCUCUUUCUCUGGCUGCUCUCCCCCAAGCUGCCACAAUGCCAGCCCAGCCUGUUUCCCAUCCAGAGGAGGUGCCAAAUUUGGGCUCCGCCCAGGUCAGUGAGCAGCAGUCCAAGCCUUGCAUGUACUCUCAUAGCUCUCUUUUUGUGGAUGAGACCCAGUGUAGCAGAUUAAGCUCCAUCUCCCCCAUCCACACUGCUCAGGAGAUGGCUGAGAUUACAUGUGCUGCCUCCAUAGUGGAGGACAUGCCAUGCUGCCCCUUGGUCAUGCCACUGUCCCUCGAAUUGAACAGUGAGGUUCAGAGGUCGUCCUCUGUGAUGCCACCACAAUCACAGGACACUACGUCUGCUCGCGAACAGCUCCACUUUAUUACAUCUAGUCUAGUCGAACGCGUGCCGCAGACUGUGGUGAUGCAGCAACCUGUCUCCAAUUUGGGGGGAGCCAAGGCACCUUCUCUUCCGCAAAGCCCCGCCCCUUCACAGCAACACUUUGUCCCUAGUGAAUCCGAUGGAGAGGGGCAUAGGGGAGGGUUUGUAGACAGCACCAUCAAGACACUGGAUGAGAAGCUGCGGAAUUUACUGUAUCAAGAGUACGCUCCCAUGUACCCAUCUGGGAGUGCUGCCGAGACUCCAGGAUCUGGCACAGAGUACAUCCUGUCCCAACCAGGACUAGAGAGUGCAGUGGGCGGGUCAGGGACCAGCACACCCAGUCUUGUGGGAGAGGGACGACUUAGAGCAGGAGAACAGUUGCCUCAGAUUCCAGAGCGUGUGGAUAGUUUGACCGCUCCUAGUGACUCAACUGUUGGAGUUACUGUGCCAAGGAGACAUGUGAUGCCACACUCUACCUCCUGCUCUGGAUCCAUAAGUAGAUUUAAGAUGAUGCCUGGCACAACUGACAUCCUGUUUGGUCAAGGGCCAAAACCGCUUAGCUUGAGCAGCACAGCAUCGCCAGUGCCUGCCACGUACGAAGAGCCACCUGCCUUAGCCACCAAUGUUGGCUGGUUUUCUGUGGUCAGUACAGAGGAUGAGGUCACUCGCAGAAAGCACAGCAGCAGAUACUCUGCCCCACCUGACUUUUAUUUUGACACCCCACCUCCCUUGACCAAACCAGACUCCCUGCCAAGGGCCCAGACCUCUGUGUCAUUGGAUGUCACUGUUCACACCCGCUUCAUGUCUCCUGACUCUGGGGCUGAAAGCAGUCCUGCCAAACUGGAACCCACAACCCCGUCCCGGCAUGGACGAUACGAAAGGAGAGGAAGUGAUCUCAUGAAAAGGGUAAUGGCAUUUCUGAGGCGCUCCGGACGCAGUAGUAGUGUGCAAAGCUCUGAUUCGCCAAGCAGAAAGGGUGGGGUUUAUGGGUCAUAUGUCAGCAGUGACAAUGACUCUGAAAUAGAGGACUCAGACAUAAAGAGGGAGCUUCAAAGACUGAGAAAAAAGCAUAUGAAGGAGAUUACAGAAUUGGAGGCCCACCACCAAGAAGAGAUUGAGCAUCUCUACAUCCAAUUAGGGAAACCACCACCUCCAGGUUUUUAUGUCUCAUCCACAGCGCCCCCUUCUGGACAUAAGCGCAGGACAAGCAGGCACAAACUGAAAGCUGGCAAACUGUUCAGUCCUCUGGUACAACAGCUGAGAAAUGUUGCCUCUAAAACAUCUGACAGCAGCAAAACGAAUGAUUUAACAAAAUCAGCUGUGGAUGCCCCAAGCUUGAAUGGGUUUCCUGCCAAAGCUUCUAUUGUAUCUGAUGGCAGGACUUAUUCUGGGACUGGGACUUUGCCUUGCUCUGCGUCUGAGCCUGUUCAGACCCAGCAGCCCUGCUCCCUCAAGGGAUCUUUAUCCUCUGACAACUUCUAUUCUGGUCUCCAGGGAGAAGGACCAGGGCCACACAGCCAGCCAGCCCAAGGGUCCGGAGCAUCAUCGGGUACUUCUCAGUCCCCAAUUCCCCCUGGAUCCACUCCUCCUCCCCACCAGCCAAUUGGUCUCACCCAAGCACAGACUAACAACAGCAACAAUAAGACGGAUGCUUUCACGCAGCGCCAUUAUAGACUGGUGGAUAACUGGGCAGAAGCGGUGAGGUCUCCUUUACGCUCAUGCUCCCUCAGUCAAAGACCACAGCAAUUGAUUAGAGCAAGGAUAUGGAGCGCUAUAGAGGCUCCAGUGUCAACAGAUAGAAUAAACGCUUCCCAGCUCCCUCUUUCUUGACCACAGAUAGAUCACCAUACUUCAUCAGUUGCAACUGACACUUCACAAGUGCUCCAGCACAGUUCAUUGGUGCCCGGUGAACAUUUUGGGAAAAUGCUAGCCACCCCACUCUUAGACAUGGACCACUGGCCUUCAGUGACUGCAACUCUUAACCAAGGGGUCUUUGCCGACCCCGCUGUGCAUUCUCCCCCUUGGACAGCCCCUUCCUCCCCCAGUGAGCUCCUCAGAACUAGGACCAUGUAGCUUUACCAUCCCUAUGCCAAUACUUCUUACUAUGUCGCCAAAAAUAUUUAUUCUUUAGUUUCUUUAGAGUGCUGUUAGGCCUAUCAGUGUGCAGUUCUACCCGUUUCAUUUACUAGCAUGUAGUUGUUUACAAGGAGUAAAAAGUAGGACAAGUAGAAAUCCAAUAUGAACAUGUAAAUAUUCUUGCUGACAAUGUAAGCAUAUGCUGUAAAUAGGUACUGUACAUUCAAUAUUAUUGUAUAUAUUCAUGCUGCCUAGUAUAACAGAAUUUUAGCAAGGCUAUAUACAGAACAUAUAUUUUUCAUCAAAAUCUAUUUAGCUUGCUUGUGUUUGUGCAGAAUCAACUCCUAAAACCUUGAACUGUACACAUACAGUAUGUAUAGUAAAUACUGUACAUAUUAAUAUGCCCUUAAAUUUGUUUAGAUGUGUAUAGGCAAUAGAUGUGUAUAUUUGCUGUACAUGUAAAUAUAUGCUCUACCUAAAUAUAUAAAGUAACUGGACACAGCAAGGCUGGGGUCAAGCCCAAAAGGUUUGGGUUGAAAACUAUCACUAUCACAUCAAAGGUGGGCAAAAACACUUUGAGAGAUGAUCACAAUCAUAAAGAUCACUGUGAAUGUUUUACCUCAUUCUUCAGUAAUCACUGAUUUCACACUGCACUAGCCUAAAAGACAUAAUUGCAUGCUAGAAAAGUUACAACCACAAACUGCUCUGAGAAACAAGGGAGAACUUAACAGACUGUACAUUUUCAGGUGAAAAGCCUGCAAGAGUGCCUUGUUCUGUUACCAAGAAUAAUACUAAUAAUACUAAUAACUAAAUUCAAAUUUUCCCAACCUGCAGUUUAUGAUGGUAUUUAAAAAAAGCUUUCCAGCAAUUCAUAUUGAUGGUGUAAUUAAGUUAUGAGUAUCAUUUUGUUUUGACUGUAACGUAUGUGCAGUAACGUUUAGGAGGAUAUUUUCUGCAUCAUCUAAUACAAUACAUAGAAAUACUAAUAAUCCAGGGAUGGGUCAGAUUGGUUGACUUAUUUUGACUACUUGUCCUAAAACUGACUAGACGACUAGUGUGCUUGUCUUUUUUUUUUUUUUUUAAAUGAAUAUUUUUAGAGGUGGUGCUAAAGGGAUGAAUUUAGAGACACAAGGAGGAUUUUACAGCACUGACAGCAUGCUGUGGUUUGUGUUAACCAUUAAACUAAAUGCAUUUGUUCAUUUAAAUUAAAGCACCGUGGCUACAGCCAUCAAAGCACAACAUUUUCACCACCUUCAACAAAUAAUAUCUAGUCAAUUAUUGUCAGAUUUGAAAUCGCCUGCAAAGAGCAAUAUUCCUAUUAUUAUGCAUUAGCUGUAGGUCACUAUUUUUUGAGGACUAUGACAGUUUUGUGCAAUAAAAAAUUACA